CUUUGUUUGCAACGACGCAAAGAGCGUAAGAUCGCCGGCGAUGAUCGGAGAUAUCCAGAAAAUGGUGGCCGUCGGCUUCGUCUGGGGCGCCACCAACGCCCUGAUCCGACGCGGUGCGAUCACCUGGGACCACCGGAAAUCCCAAAAAACUGGUUCUCCGCCGCAGAUCUCGCUAGUCCUCCGCCGGAAAAUCCUCUCAGCUCUCGGUGGCUGGAUCGAUCUCCUCCUCUUCUGGCAAUACUCCGUCCCCUUCCUGAUUAACCUAUCGGCCUCCGCCACAUUCUUCGCGCUUCUGAGCCACGCGCCGAUCUCGCUCGCCGUUCCGGUGACGAACGCGACGACGUUCGCCGCAACCGCAGCGUUCGGGAUUUUGCUGGGAGAGGAGACUAAAAUCGGACUGGCCUUCGUAGGUACGGCGUUUAUUGUGUUAGGCGUUUGGCUCUGUAGCAAUGCAAUUUGAAAAAUCUUCACUGGUGACAUUGUGUGUCGUAGUUUUUGGUAUCUGAUACAAUUCGUAUGAAUACACGAGGAAAUCUGAGGUUUAGAUUCAAUAAGAGCGUAGCCCUGUUUCACAAUCCUUUGAAGAUCCAUGCCAUUUGGGCAGAAACUCAUACUGAGAAUAUGUUUAUUCGGUUUCAAUCUGA